AUGGCUUUGAAUUACCCUAAGUUUGUGUUAUUUGGAGAUCUGAUUACAGAAUUCAGUGCUGCGAGAGAUGGCUCAGGUCUUGUCGCUUCACUUGUGGAUGAUUACCGUACCAGGAUGGACGUUGUCCUCAGGGGCUAUAGUGGUUACAAUUCUCGAUUUGCUGUGGAAAUCCUUCCCCCUAUUCUCCAAGGAUUGGACAAUGUCAAGCUUAUGUACAUCUUCUUUGGUACCAACGAUGCAAACAUGUAUACCGACAAAAUUGGUCGAAAACAAGCAACGACAAUCGAGGAAUACCUGGAGAAUAUUGCCGAAUGCAUUGACUAUGCUAAAGGUCGUGGAAUCAAGGUGAUUGUGGUGGGACCAGCUCUUCACGACGCUAACUUGUCGUACGAUUACUUCAAACAGCGCAAUCCCGAACGGAACAUCACUGGACCCAGCUCUUCACCAAUGAGAAAUCGUGAGUACUCCCAAGCAGCGAAAGCGGUUGCUACGCAAAAGAACGUGCCUUUUCUUGAUUUAUGGUUGCGUUUUCAAGAGGCGCUGGGGUAUCUGAUUGACCAGCUUGACUACAAUAAUUGGAAGGAUUGCCCCAAUCUUUCCAAAUGGUUGGUUGAUGGUGUACACUUUUCCUUUGAGGGAUAUCGAUUAUUUUACGAAGGCUUGUUAGAAGUUAUCAAGACACUGUACCCCGAGCUAGCUCCUGAAAAUGUACCAACCAAGCUCAGAUACUAUCGAGAGAUUGAUGAGAGUAAUUUGAGUUCCAUCUUCGAUAUGAGCCAAUCGUGA